GAACCGGGAAUUCAAUUUUCUGGAGGUUCCAAAAAAAAAAAUUUUUUUGAAACGCAAAUCAAGAUUUGACAUGAAUCAUAACCAGAUCCAAAAACAUCAAUACACACAAAUCUGACUGUAAAUCGAGGAGAACAUAAACAGAAGUAAGAUUCAAAGUACUCAAGAUGCGGAUCCGAACUUGUUGCACCGAGGUCCAUUUUUUCUUUGUGGGGAAGAUGGAUAUACCGUGAAGGUGGUUGAGACGAAAGGAAAUGGGCAGUACUGGAGUUGAGAAAGGGUAUUAUAAUUGCACCAAACCAGAAGUCCUUCUUCAGUCCACGUCUGUACUUCGGAUUGACUUGCAAAGCCUCGAGGUGGAACUCGGGGAAACACCAGAGAACAUCCGUAAAGAAACUUCUAAUAAAAGGUCCAAGGCUGUUGGUUGUAAGAAAAAGAGGUUUGCCAGGAGGCAGCUUGCAAGCUGAGAUAAUUGAUGCAUGUUUAUCCAUUUUUUAAUGUUAAAGCUUGGAUUGCAUAUGAUUCAUUUUAACGUAGAUUAAUGUAAUGUAAAAACCUAUACUGCGGUUAAACAAGUAGGUUAAUAAAUUUGAUUUGAGAUU